CCUCCCAGCAUUGCCCUGCCUCCGGACAGGACAGCAAGUCACUAGCAACAGCCGCAGGUGCCCACAUAGGAGACUCGGUGCCAGACUCUAGAUCUGGUCGCUGCCUGCUCCCCAAAGAACAUUGGGCAUGGAAUGGAAAUUGAGUAGGAACAGGCAACUUGGAGCUUCCAUCAGGGCAAUUGUCCCACUUAGGAUGGAAAGUCCUAGCAGGCUUGAUGAAGUGGGCUUGGCUUUAGACAAUCUUCAAGAGGCCAAAUCAGUGUUGCAACAGAUUGAAAACAAGUUGCAUUUUCAAGAGGAGGACCCGCUUCUAGAGUCAAGCAUCCAAAAACGAUCACAGUCCAAGGCAUUUGGAUGUCGUGUAAAUUGCGCUGGCGAUAUUACAAAGCAAGGUGCUUCUCCCCAACAACCAAGUCGAAGACCUUGUGGAACAGAUAAGCACAAAGUCCUGAGUUUUGAGUGGUCUUCUCCCUCAAGCAGGACAAAUGACACCAGAAAUUUCAAUUCCUUGGUGAAGAAUUGUCAUUCUUCAAGAAGAAUGUUCUGGGAUGAGAGAUCGAGCCCCUUAUACAAUGACAUUAUUGACCAAGGCAUUCCACUAUCUGCACUUAAUCAAACAACAGCAGCUAGCAACCAAGAUAAAAAUGAUAACCUGUCAAUAGGAGUUACUCCAACAAGAUUGCAUUCAUCGGAUGAUAUGGACACAAUGGAAAAUUAUUGGUUCCCGGUUUCUAAUCAAGAGACUUGCAGUGGCUUCAAACCAUCCAUCCAACAUGUGCUUGAAGAGAGAGCUCUAGUUGGGAAUGACAACAAAUUGGCCCUUGAUCAUUCAAUCAAAAGACGUAUCUUGCAAGAGAAGGAAAGAUCUCCGGUGCCAUCAAUCAGUGCUUUCCCCCCUACUCCACCUGGAAGUCCAUUAGCCCAACGGCUGGAGUGGAGUCAUUCUCCUGUGAACAAAUUGGAGAGGCUUAAAGAACGGAUCAGGAGACAGAGGAAUUUGGAAAAAGUGGAGGGGACUCUCUCAAACAGACCACAUGCAGAGCAACCUAUCCCAGCUCCCCAAACAAAGUUUGGAGACCCUUUCAGUAAUGGGCCAAUGAAGCAUUGGGUCAGGAAGGUGACCUUUGCCCCCCCUGCACCAGCCUAUAAAGGCAAAUAUUGGGAGGAACUUCUGAAUAUCUCUGUAUCCAAGGCACUUAUGGAUCCACAACAAACCGUAGAUCCACCAAUUCAAAGGCUAUUGUUUGACAGUUUUUCCUUAUCCAAAGACUUCGAGAACUACUUUGUCUCAAAGUAUCCAUUAUUGCACUGCCCUGAGAAGAAACAUAAUCUUGCGUUGGUAAACUGUACAAUACAACUUGAUUUCCAAGUUGCAAAAGCUCUCCUGGUAUUUCUAGAUGUAUAA